AUGAUCUACAACAAAGUGGCGAGAGAAGAAUUCGAACAAUUGGAGUAUUUGAUGAACACUCAUCUGAAUGGCAUAUUCAGUUUAAGUGAGCUCAAUGAAACCACGGUCGAGAUUCGACUGUGCCUAGGCGAUGCAUCCAACGAUUAUCCUUACCUCCCCACUUUGUGGACAUUAAAUGGAAAUUAUGAAGUUUUUGAAGACAAUAGAGCUUAUACCUUCGCAAAACAAUCUUUAAUUGUAAUAGAUUCUUAUUGUAAGUUGAAGAAUGUUAAAUUACCAGAGGAUAUAACUAACAUUACUGGAAAAUAUUGCGUGAGCCGUCAUUUUCAGAUAUAUUUUUAUUUGUUAAAGUCAGAAAGAAUAGACCAAGUUAGAAUGGAGGCUCAGUUAGCCGACCUUCAAAAUGACUUUGACGUUUAUGUUGAGGAACAUUACAAAGCCUUGAUCAAAUAUGUGGAAAACAAUAUAAAUUGGAAUAAAAUGAUGGAUGAUGAUCGAUUAGAAUUGUUCAACUCCUGUCUCACUUCACAAGCAAAAGUACUGGAAGAAAGACUGUCUCUCACCGUUCAAGGUUUUGGGCCUCACUAA